UUCUCCCGGUCUUCAUUCCCUUGCUUCCUCCAAACAUCCGAGAGCAACCCUAUUACAUGGCAGUGCAAGUUGAACUUAGUUGGGAUCUUGUCCCUGCCCAGCACUGGGAGGAAUGUUAUGACGUCGUAGAUCACUGUAACGGCCUCUUGUGUGUCAGCUGUCGUUGCCAGAAGAACAGCGGCGUUAUUGUUUGGAACCCAUCAAAGGAAGAAAAGAGACUUCGUGCCCCUGAUCAACUCCAUGUGGAGAAGAGAAGGGAAUAUUUCGGGUUCGGUUACAACUCCGCCAAUGAUGAUUACAAGGUCGUAUUAGUCACAACUUUUGAAAACAAACCAGCUAAGAUCCAUAGUUUGGCGCUGAAGAUAGAUGAAUUCAUGGGAAACUGCUGAAAAUGAAAUACAGUACUUGUUUGAUU